AUGAUUCAAGGUUUCAACCAUGAAGGGCAAAGAGCUCUUGGAACUAUAAGGCUGCGAUUGCAGAUGCAGGACAUGGAGUCCACAGCGUUGCUUCAUGUGAUUAAUGCAAGGACAUCCUACAACAUGCUUCUGGGUCGACCAUGGCUUCAUGAAAAUGAAGCAGAGUCACAUUUCGCCGAUGCUCAAUUCUAUUUGGGAAGAACUAAAGCAACAGUGGUGGAAAGGGAUGUACCACAGGAGGAGUCGGGAUCCCGCCAAGAGAAAGAAUCUCGCCCAAAGAUGGAAGGUUUCACCAUCCCUUUGACUAAGAUUGAUGCCAAAAAGCCCAUUCCUCAGUCACUCAAAGAUUUUGCCCGACCAAAGCAAAGUGGCGCCACAGAACAUGGAGAUCUCUCAGACAAAGAACUCUCGAAACACUUUGGUCCGAAGGCAUACAAACUCCUUGUGAAUGCUGGAUACAAUCCCCAAGAAAGCUCCACGUCAAAGUCUUAUGUGAGAAAAACUGCUAAUACAAGCCAAAAUCCCAAGGCAGGCUUGGGAUACAUGGUGCAAAGCCCCAUUCGUAUUGCCAUCAAGAGAGCCACUGCUAACUAUGCUAGCACCAAGCAAAUCCCGAAAUCUUCAAGCAAUCGGAGAACCCAAAGGGUUUCUGUUUUCAAAAGAUUGGAUGAAAGAAAAGCUCAACGAAUAUCUGUCUUUAAAAGGCUUGGCAAAGGCAAGUCAUGGAAAAAGGACGUGACAAAAAGGGCAAAUGAAUUGGACAUAACAGAGAAGCUAAGGAGCUCGAUUCCUUCUCAUAUGAAGAGGUGUACCACUUUGCUCAUAUCAUGUGGAAAAGAAUUGAAGGCCAAAACGAAGACAAUCAUCUUUACACGGGAUGCCGAAGACGAUGAAGAUAGAGAGAGUGUGGCUUCAUCUUACUACACUACUAAUAGUGCUAGUAAUCCAGUUCCUCUUCCUCAUACUACUCAAGGUCAAGUGCGUCGCGAAGAUGUUGUUACAUCAAACCAUAUCACCUCAUGUGAAGAAGUGGUUGUUGAAGAAGAAGACGCCGAAAUAGCUCCUCAACAGUUUGAAGAAGGAGUUAAGACUACUGUUGAUGAACUGAGAGAAAUUAAUUUGGGCACUAUUGAAGAUCCACGACCCACUUACAUCAGCGCGUUGCUGACCAUUGAUGAGGAAUACUCAUAUAUCGAAUUGCUCAAAGAAUUCAAAGACAUCUUUGCAUGGUCUUAUAAGGAAAUGCCGGGGUUGAGCUCCAAGAUAGCUGUUCAUCAUUUAGCCGUUAGAAAGGAUGCACGACCAGUCAAGCAGGCCCAACGCCGAUUCCGACCAGAAUUAGUUCCUCUAAUUGAAGCUGAAGUGAACAAACUCAUCAAUGUGGGUUUUAUUAGAGAAGUCAAAUACCCAACAUGGAUUUCAAGCAUUGUUCCAGUAAGAAAGAAAAAUGGACAAAUUCGUGUAUGUGUUGACUUCAGGGACUUGAAUGAAGCAUGCCCCAAGGAUGACUUUCCAUUGCCAAUUGCCGAAUUGAUGAUCGAUGCCACAACUGGGCAUGAAGCAUUAACCUUCAUGGAUGGAUCUUCCGGUUACAAUCAAAUUCGCAUGUCACCAAAUGAGGAAGAGUUAACAGCAUUUCGAAUCCCGAAAGGAAUCUAUUGCUACAAAGUGAUGCCAUUUGGGUUGAAGAACGCUGGUGCCACUUACCAAAGAGCCAUGCAGAAGAUAUUUGAUGAUAUACUCCAUAAAAAUGUUGAGUGUUACGUGGAUGAUUUGGUGGUUAAGUCCAAAAAACGAAACAAUCACCUGCAAGAUCUACGAAUGAUUUUUGAGCGAUUGAGAAAACAUCAGUUGAAGAUGAAUCCACUAAAAUGCGCAUUUGGUGUCAAGUCUGGCAAAUUUCUUGGGUUCAUCGUUCGCCAUCAAGGGAUAGAAAUUGAACAAGCAAAGAUUGAUGCCAUACUAAAAAUGCCCGAACCUCGAAAUAUCCAUGACCUGAAAAGUUUGCAAGGGAAGUUAGCAUACUUACGAAGGUUUAUUUCAAAUUUAGCUGGAAGGUGUCAACCAUUUAGCCGAAUUAUGAAGAAGGGUAUACCAUUCGAGUGGGAUGAGUCAUGUAGAAAUGCUUUCAAGAAUAUCAAAUCUUACUUGAUGCAGCCUCCUGUAUUAGCAGCACCUGUGCCAGGACGCCCCUUGAUUUUGUAUAUUGCUGCUCAAGAACGAUCCAUGGGAGCUCUGCUUGCGCAAGAAAAUGAAGGUGGAAAAGAGAAUGCAUUAUACUACUUGAGCAUAACAAUGACACCAAAUGAGUUGAAAUAUGCUCCAAUUGAGAAGCUGUGUUUGGCAUUGAUUUUCUCCAUCCAAAAGCUUAAGCAUUAUUUCCAAGCUCACACUGUCCGCCUUAUAUCCAAGGCAAACCCUUUAAAGUUUGUGAUGUCAAGACCUGUUUUAUCUGACAGGCUUGCACGUUGGUACCUCCAACUGCAACAAUUUGAGAUUGUGUAUGUUCCUCAAAAGGCUGUGAAGGGACAAGUGUUGGCAGACUUCUUAGCAGACCACCCAAUUCCGGCUGAAUGGGAGCUAAGUGAUGACCUCCCGGAUGAAGAUGCACUUGUAAUCGAUGUCGCCCUACCAUGGUGGAUGUUUUUCGAUGGAGCAUCUCAUAAAGAAGGUGCUGGUGCCGGGAUCGUGUUCGUGACACCAGAACGUCAAGUGCUGCCAUUUUCCUUUACUCUAACUGAGAAUUGCUCUAACAAUGUAGCAGAAUAUCAAGCUCUGAUCCUCGGUUUGGAAAUGGCGUUGAAUAUGCAGCAAUCUCACCUCAAAGUAUAUGGUGAUUCUAAAUUGGUGGUUAAUCAAAUACUUGGACUGUAUGAAGUGAAGAAACCUGAAUUAUUGCCAUACGUCAAGUAUGCUCGCAAGAUCAUUGAGUGGCUUGGAGAUGUGGAAAUCGAACAUGUUCCAAGAAGUGAAAAUAAGCAAGCAGAUGCCUUGGCUAAACUCGCGUCUACCAUAGCUAUGAUCAGUGGCGAAAUUCAAAUUCCAGUGUGUGAAAGAUGGGUUAUACCACCUAUUUUUGAAGAAGAGAAAUGCGAAGAAAUUGAAAGUCAUCUUGUUGAGGUCUUCGAAAUUGAGGAGGAAGAUUGGCGCCAGCUGUUGGUCGAUUACUUGAAGUAUGAUAAAUUACCAAAUGAUCCACGUCGAAGGGUUGACAUCCGACGGCGCGCCACUCGUUUCAUUUUCUUCAAAGGGACGCUUUAUAGGAGGUCUUUUGAUGGAGUAUUUCUCAGGUGCCUAAGUAGUGAGGAAGCUGCUAAAGCCAUGGAAGAGGCGCAUUCUGGCAUUUGCGGUGCUCACCAGUCAGGUCCAAAGCUGCACUUCCGAAUCAAGAGGAUGGGCUACUACUGGCCAACUAUGGGGGGGCAUUUAUACAUUUUGGCAGCGACCGAUUACUUCUCCAAGUGGGCUGAGGCGAUACCAUUAAGAGAAGUGAAGAAAGAGACCGUUGCUGAGUUUAUCAAGACCAACAUCAUCUAUCGCUAUGGAGUUCCUCGCUACAUCAUAACUGAUAAUGGAACACCUUUCAGCAACACGGUGAUAAACAAGCUUUGUGAAAAAUUCGGCUUCAAGCAACGGAAGUCAUCGAUGUAUAAUGCACCGGUAAAUGGGUUGGCUGAGGCAUUCAACAAGACUUUGUGCAAUCUGUUGAAGAAAAUUGUUUCAAAAUCAAAGCGUGACUGGCAUGAACACAUUGGGGAAGCAUUGUGGGCGUAUCGAACCACCUAUAGAACUCCCACGCAGGCAACGCCUUACUCUUUGGUAUAUGGGGUUGAAGCCGUCAUCCCUCUCGAGCAACAAAUUCCCUCUUUGAGAAUGGCCAUCCAGGAAGGGCUAACUGAAGAAGAAAAUGCACGUUUGCGUCUGGAGGAACUCGAAGCUCUAGAUGAGAAAAGGCUGGAAGCUCAGCAAAAGUUGGAAUGCUACCAAGCUCGCCUCUCAAAGUCCUUCAACAAGACGGUGCGAGUGCGUUCCUUUCAAGUUGGAGAUCUGGUCCUCGCUGUAAGGAGGCCAAUCGUUGUCACUCAUCGUGUUGGAAACAAAUUCGUAUCAAGGUGGGAUGGCCCAUAUGUUGUCAAGGAAGUCUACACAAACGGAGCAUACAGGCUUCUUUCUGAUGACAACGUCAGAGUUGGGCCUAUCAACGGCAAGUUCCUGAAACGUUACUAUCCUUGA